AAAUAUGCGUUCUACGUAAUCAAUCGUCGUGUACACAUACGUAGUCCACAUCAUGAACGACGAUCAGCAAGAAAAUUCAACUCCACUCAAAGAUGAAAAGGCGAGUGGUGAUCAUAAACAAGAGGGGAAAAUCCCAGCUACACAGGAACUGAGAAAUGUUAUACAAGAAGAUCCAUCUUCAGAAAUAGAGGAUGAGUGGAGUGUCCAUGAUGAGACUUAUGAAACAAUCAGUGGGGAGGAAUCGGAUAUUGAGGAUAAUGUAGAUCCCUACCCCGUCAGAAACAGGGAGGAGAAUCCAGACCUCCCCGAAACCUGCAGUGUACUGGAAACCAAAGAGGGCAGCAAAGUAUACCUAAUAGGGACAGCUCACUUCAGUGCUGAAAGUCUCAACGAUGUCAGCAAAGUCAUACAAGCCACAGAACCUGAUGUUGUAUCUGUGGAACUUUGUAUGGACCGAAUCAAAAUACUACAGCUGGAUGAAGAGACCGUACUGCGGGAAGCCAAAGACAUGAACUUUCAAAAAAUCAAAACCUCCAUUGCUCAGAAUGGUUUAAUACAAGGACUGUUCAAUAUUAUGCUGUUGAAUAUCUCUGCUCGUUUAACCAAAGAACUGGGGAUGGCUCCAGGGGGAGAAUUUAGGCAGGCAUACAAGGAGGCACAAAAGAUUCCCCGAUGUAAGUUACACCUGGGUGAUCGUCCCAUACAGAUUACACUUCAGAGGGCAUUCGCACUACUGUCUCUAUGGCAGCUCGUCAAAUUCAUCUGGCAUGCAUGGAAUUUUGAUGAACCUAUCAGUAAAGAAGAUGUAGAAAAAUUCAAAGGUAAAGAUCUGUUGGAGCAGCUAUUGGCCGAGAUGACCACAGAAUUUCCAGGGCUGAGUCAAGUGGUUAUUGAGGAACGAGAUACAUUUCUUGCACACUCACUCAAAAUGGCUGCUGAGCCAAUCAGAGCUCCCAGUGAACCUAAAGGAUACAUCCCCUCAGUGGUGGUGGGGGUAGUGGGUAUUGGUCAUGUGGCGGGGAUCAAGGCGAACUGGGAACAAGAGAAAUACGACAUUAACGAAAUCAUGGUGGUUCCAGAGGUGUCGAAAGUUAGGAAAUUAUUGAAGUAUGCUUUUCGUUUUUCAUUCUAUGGAGUGCUGUGUUAUGGUUGUUAUAAACUCUAUAGAAUUACUGUGCCACUUCUGACGUGAAGUUUAUAGAAUCUCCAAUCAAAUAUUCCAAGAGAAGUUACUCAGAUCCAACCUAAAACAAAAAAGAAAGAAACAGAGCAAAGAGAAACAUUUCUUGAAUGGCUGGACAUUCUUGUACAGUAUCAUGUUAAAGGCUGUUGGUAUUAAUUAUUGAAAAUAUAAUCAGUAUUUAAAUUUAAUCCGGAUUUAUCUUUUUCUUUUUUUUUUCCUUGUUGCGAUAUAUGUAUAUCAAGAAUUUAAAAUAUUUUGAAGACUUUUAUGUGAAAUACUGGAUAUG